GGCCAGGUUGUCGACGCCGUUCGGAUUGAGCUCGUAACCUGUGGAUGUCUCAGCAACAAUCCGCUGCAAAGCCUUCGCUCCAGGGGGUCAGAAUUAAAGCUAGGAAAGGUGCUGUAAAAGCCCAGGCAAAGCACGAACCCACAGUCUUCCGAGACCAAGUAUACAAGCACCUCGAGGCCGUACCUCAAGGAGACUUCGACGCCGUCGCAAACAAGCUCGUCCAAGCAGGAUCUACCCUCGAAUUUUUGAAAUAUGCUGAUGCUCUCUUCGAUAUCCUCAUCGUCGGCGGUUUGCUGCAGCCAGGUGGAAACUACCUCGAUGAGGAUCGCGCUACAUCUCCAUUCUCCAUCUUCCAGGCGAAAGAGCCGCCUCAACUCGACGACAUAAAGAACUACGUGGAGGUUUUCAACAAACUCAUCAGAAGGUACAAGUACCUACAGAAGCCCCUCGAGACCACCUCUCUACCCACCCUUCUUCAGUAUGUGAAUCGCUGGGAUCCCGUUCAGAAGGAAAAGUUCGCUAUGGCUACAGGCCUUCUCAUGGCCCAAGGCCUUGCUGGCGCCGCUUGCCUUCUGAGCUUGACGAAAGACCAGCUUGUCAAGAACGACAUUGCGGUCAACAUCCUGACGCUCAUAUUCCGCGCAUACCUCGCGGAACAGUCAAUGGAGUCGCUCGCUGGAAUACUCAAGCGCGGCGGUAUUAAGGACCUCUCCGCCUUUUUCCCUCCUAAUCGCCGAGAUGACAAGGUUCUUGACGAGCAUUUCCGCAAAGAGGGACUCCCACAGGUUGCAGAUUGGUGGACCAAGAAGCAGAACGCCCUGAUCAAAGAAGACAUCACCAAUGUCGUGCGCGAGAGUCUCGAGCACGAGGAGGCACCUUCCAACAUUGUCUCAGCAAUUAAGAAUGUCAUCGAGGAGAGGCCCCUGCCUGAAGCUGAGCUCAUAGCUUGCCUCUGGCAAGGUCUGAUGGCUGGCGUUGACUGGAGCGCUCGCGCCGAUCAGAUCGAAGGCCUCGCUCUUCGCGAAGUGACCAAAUAUGCACCUAUUCUUGACCCUUUCUGCAACAACGCAAAGACCGAAGUCGCAUUGAUCAAUACCGUACAAGUGUACUGUUACGAAGACACGCGCAUCAUGAAAGCAUUCCCACAAAUUCUGAAGGUUCUGUAUAACAAAGAUUGUAUCUCUGAUCAGGCUAUCAUAUACUGGCAUCAGAAGGGCUCCAAGGCUCAGGGUCGCCAGCACUUCCUCAAGAGUACCGAGACACUCGUCAAGUUCCUGCAAGAACAGGAAGACGACAGCGAUGAGGACGAGGAAUAGACAUUGUUUUACUUCUUGCUUGCUACUUCCAGGGCGUUAAGGUGUAUUCUUUUACGGUCACAGGAUUGAGUUUAAGGGGACACCGGUAACGGUUGGAGUUGAUAGUAGUGUAUUUGAAGAGCCUUGAAGUACUGAAACCCAAGACGCGAUAUGUAUUUCGAUCGCAGGCGAAUGUGCCUCGAUACACGAACUUCAGUGUCGUGUGCGACUGACAAUAGAUCAAUUAGAGACCC